AUGAGUAUUGAUUCCAAUGAUGCUGAUUCAGGUCAACAAGAGGUAUUAAUGUCUAAUUCUUGUUCUUUGAAUACAAGUUAUGGAGAUGCAAAUGUCAAAACGUCAACAGUUUCUCAAUUUGAUAUCGAUGAUGAUGAUGAUACAAGUGAAUUUGAAGCUAUGUUUAUGCCGAUAGCACCUCGGUUAAAAGCUAUAUCAAACUACAGUUCAACACCAUUAGUACGAUCUCAGUACCAUAACCAAUCUGGCACACGUACCAAUGCUGAAUCACUCUCAUUGCAUGGGAUGGAAAAUAACACAAGUACACCAUUAUCAACCAUCAUCAUCAGUAAUCAAUCGACAACACCUAAUAUAAACAUCCAAAAGCUCAAUACACCUUCUAAUCCACGUGCCAAAUCAAAUUUAUCAGCUUCUAGUCAAGCGUCUGCUAGUAAUCAAUCUUUAUCUAACAUCAAUUAUACCACAAACAAUAGUGCUAUACUAGAAACAUUUAGCGAAUAUCGCAACUUAAAACGUGAUUUACAACAAGCGUCGCAUCAAAUUGAAAAUUGGAAAUCAGAUUAUAAUACGUUAAAGCGUCAAAUGGAAAAACUUAAAAAUAACUCAUUUCCUCGUCCUACUGCUGAAGGUCGUAUUUUUAUCGAACAAUUAUUGGAAUCAUUAAAAUCUGGUGAAGGUGUCGGAGAUAAACGUUCCUUAAGUCAAUUAGCAAUCGACAUUGGUGUACCAGAAACAGUACUUUUAUCUUCUUCCAGUAUUGAUCCACAAAAAUCGGCUUUACAUGUAUUUAAUUAUCUUUUUCCUACAAAUGAAGAUAAAGUAUCACUUUUAAAUGUUGCCAAUGUUAUGAUUAAAUAUCCAAGUUUAUUGGACAAUAUAUUUGGUAAGUGA